AUGAAGACUGCAACUACUACGAAGAUUGUAACUGCUACAAGGAAAUUUUUAGAAUUUCAGAGUGCAUCUCAACGAGUUUUUCGACAUGUUUGUCAUCAUUGUGGAGUUGCUAGGCAUGUUAGGCUAAGAUGUUAUAAGUUAUUGAGGGAGAAUCAUCGAAGGGAGCAAGCUAAUGAUGGGAGAUUUCGUGAUCCUACAUGUUAUCGUUGUGGAGUUAAAGGACAUGUUCAACGUCAGUGUUUCAGAAAUAUUCAAUGGUUUUAUGAUGAAAGUCCAAGGUUCAAGAACGGUUGGGGUAGGAAAGAUGAUCUCUAUCGAGAUGGUGUGAUGGGCUAUCAACUUCGCCGAUUUGAACGGGGACGAUCUUUGAAUCGGAGCUCCGCGUCCUCUCUCCUUUGGUUGAAGACGUUCUCAGGGAAGAAAAUCUCCUCUCCACCGCCGGAACCACCGGAUCCACCGUAUCCACCGGAUCUAGUUCAAAAGUCACGUUCUGUCUCAGAUGUACUCCACCAUGGUCUAACUAGCGUGGAGAUUUGCUUACAUCCAACUCAGUCUUCGGCUUCAACCUUUGCUCCGCCGACUGCAUCAACCCCUCCUUUGCCGAGAUUUCACUUCAAUCUCUAUGGGCGAAUCCUACCAAAUCUUAGCACACCAAAUCCGUCGGCCUCCGCAUGUGAGUCGACGAGAACCUUUGAAAGAAACUCCUCUCUACCGGCGAGUAUGACUUGCAACGGCUUAACGAGAGUGAUCGCAUCUCGACUCUCUACUAUCGGACGUUACCAAUUCUUCUCCGGCACACCGGACCAUGUCUCCGAUUCCUCCAUCUCCAAGAGCUUCAUCGUCAACCCCUCACCAAACUUACCUAAAAUGGGCCAGGCCCAUAUCAUCUUCACUUUGGGCCUUGAGGAUCUAAACAAAACCAUCGACCCUUUUGUCAGUGAAUCAAUCUAG